AUGGACACUAGUGAUAGCAAGGACAGUCAGAACGGCAAAGCGCUGCCGCUGCAACCCGUCACCGGUCUUGUGUCUUAUCGAUGGAUAGUGCUCAUCCUAUUCUGUCUACUCUCAAUGUCCAACUCCUUCCAGUGGAUCGAGUACGCUACGAUCGGCCAUAUUGUCACCCGUUACUACAACGUCUCGUACUCGACCAUAGACUGGAUGUCCAUGAUCUACAUGGUCUGCUACAUUCCUCUGAUUAUGCCGGCCACCUGGGUGAUGGAUCGCUACGGACUGCGGCUGGUGGUGAUAUUAGGUGCGUUUGGCAAUUGCCUAGGCUCUUGGGUGAAGUGCGCUUCCUCGGCACCCAAUCGACUGGCCAUCGGAUUUUUCGGACAAACCAUUGUCGGCAUGUCGCAGAUAUUCAUCCUCUGCGUUCCUCCUCGUCUAGCUGCCGUUUGGUUCGGACCCACCGAAGUUUCCCUUGCCACGUCAAUAGGAGUCUUUGGUAACCAGGUAAGCUUUCGUGAUUUUCUAAGCGUCACAUCUUUAUGGUAUUUCUUUGCCUGCAGAACAGUUGACAUCAUGCAACUGUUCUAUACGUCAUCAGAAACGAUCUUUCACCUACCUCGUUGCAUAGAUCGACAGAUUAUUCGACUGCGUUUUGGCAGCUUUUCGAAGUCAAGUGAUAAGAGUGUAUAGCC